UCUAAACAUUGCUUUCCUCUCCCUUAACAAAACUGAGAGAGAGAUAGAUAGAGAGAGAGAGAGAGCAUCAGUGCUGCUCCAACUACACCUGUGCGACACUAUCUUCUUGCAUCCAGAGACCGUUGGAUAGAACCCCCAUCGAAAGAGGCGGAUACCUUAGGAUGGACUUUAAUUUCUAACAACUGGAGAAUAGAUCGAAUUCGGAGAUAUCCCAAUGGUUAUUUUAUGCUGUUAGAUACAGCUCACUUUACUUGGCGUGUUAGUUUCGACUCGUAUUUUUUGUAUGACGUUUACGUUUUGAUGGUUAGAUUGAUUCGACCUUCCCGUGAUUGCAAGAGUAAGCUGCCCGGUCGCUGACAUAGAAUUUCGUUUGAUGCUAGUUCAGUAUUUUCGGCCGACCUGGGAACUAAGAAAGCAUCCGGCUGCGGAAAGAUGACUUCAAUUCUUUCCUUCUGCAUAGGAAGGAGUAGGACUCUAUAUCCAACUCGCCGAAGCGCAUCCGAACGCGCGCACUAGCAUACUAAUUGGCACACAGGACUGGCAGGGCAUUACCUCACACACGCGCACGCACGCACGCACACACACAGACACACAGGCACACACAGCUGUGAAUAUCAUGCGCUGAUCUGUUUCGGCUACUGCAAAAAAAAAAUGUUUCAAAAAAUAUUAUUCAUGUAUUCCCAUUAUUUGUUAAGCUAACACUAAUUUUCCGAAUUUGAGCUCGUAGAAAAUAUAUUUUCCCCACGUGGAUAGCAUCAUUUUGGAAAUAUAGGUAUACAACCCCUAAGAACCAUUGCUCAAUUACAACCAAAACAUGAGAGAAAUCCGCCUCAGUAGAUCUUCUGUAGGUUACCGAGGAAACGGCCGCGGGAUUGCAACUCUACGUGAGGAUUGUGUGAGGGUUGGGGGCGAGGGCACCGGUGCAAAGGGACAGGGAGAGGCCGGGGAAGAGGAGCUCUCAGCGCGACUGCCCGCCGCGGAACAACCGCUGCCGGUGCUGGAGAGCUUGGCUGGGGGGAGAUGGUGGAAGAAUGAACCACACAUCCGUGAGGAAUUAUAACAGUUGUUGACUUCGGAGACAUCUUACUUCCGUUUCCUCAUAGUUUUACACAUAUAUGCUACUUUAAGAGACGUUUAAGAGAAAAUACAAAUUCAGUCAAGCAUAGCAUAGGAUAGCAUAUAGCCUACAAUUGGUGUUAAUGUUCAUGCAAGGGAAAAGAGUAGCCUGUCCUACAAAGUAUUCCUUCUCUGUAAGCUUACAUGUGGCAUUUUCUGGUCUUGAAAGACAUAGGCCUAUUUAUUAGCACUUUACUAAAGUAUACUGCUUCAAAUUUAGACACAGCACCUUGAGAUGAGACAGCCUCCUGUGACUAAGAAAGGCUAUUUAUUUACCCUCUCCUAAAUGCACUUGAAGAUCUCAUAUUUCUUUCACCAAAAUAGAAUUGAUUUUUUAUCUUGAAUGAAAAGUUGAAUUGAUCUUAUCUAAUUAUUCCUAUUUCAAGACGCCUAGAUGGUAAUCAAUUAUUUGUGAACUUGUAUUACAUUGAAAGAGUGGACAAUUUUCACAUGUCUGUGUUCAGAUGUAGAUAGCUAUUUGGUUGUACAUUUGUUUUUUUAUUAGAAAUUAUUCUAACGUCCUUGCUUGCUGGUAGUAUUUCAAUUUGAUUCAUCUUGAAAUCUUUGUUUGGGAAUUGACCUCAAGCACUGCCGAUGAGCAAUAUAUCUUUAUGGCCAUCACAUUGUCUCAAACUUGCAUAUGCUGAACUCAGCGGGUGAUGCUGUCACCUGCUUGACAGCAACCCAGACAAAUGCACUUAUCAGGCAAAUGCUAUGACACACAAUCAGAAGCACAUCCAGUGUCAGCAGACACUCACAUCAAUGUAUUUAGAUAUUUAUAGACACUAAUGCCAAGGCAUGGUGGAGGAGCAUUGAGAUACAGCAAGCUUGGGCCAAAGGAAUGUGACUUCAACAGCAACAACAAUAUCAAACAGACACUCAAACCUGUGGAAUACAAUGGCAACUCAAGACGAAGUUGGAUAUCACGUUUUUUUCUUAUAAAGGCUUCUACUUUAUCGUGGGCUGAAUAUACUCUGGAUAUCGGAAGAUACUUUAGAGGUCUGGGAUCAAAGCACAACACCUCUCAUCUUUCUUAGAGAACGCUCGCACUCGGCGGAAGAGCAUAGCCAACGUGAAGCAGCCCAGCAUGGAGACCCCUCCCACUGCCCCCCCUCAGCCCUUCCGACAGUCCAGUUUCCUCAGUAGAAGGUUGAAGGGCUCCAUCAAGAGGGCUAAGAGUCAGCCCAAACUGGACCGCACCAGCAGCUUCCGACACAUGAUCCUCCCCCGAUUCCGCAGUGCCGACCAGGACCGGACACGUCUGAUGCAAAGCUUCAAAGAGUCCCACUCCCAUGAGUCCUUGCUGUCUCCCAGCAGUGCGGCCGAGGCUCUGGACCUCACCCUGGAUGAGGACGCCAUCAUCAAGCCUGUCCACUCCAGCAUCCUGGGACAAGAGUACUGCUUCGAGGUGACUACGGCUUCGGGAACCAAGUGCUUUGCAUGUCGCUCGGCUGCAGAGAGAGACAAAUGGAUCGAGAAUCUUCAAAGAGCUGUCAAACCCAACAAGGACAACAGUCGGAGGGUGGACAACGUGCUGAAACUCUGGAUCAUCGAGGCGCGGGAGCUUCCAGCCAAGAAGCGCUACUAUUGCGAGCUUUGUCUGGACGACAUGCUUUAUGCACGCACCACAAGCAAGCCCCGGACCGACACCGUGUUCUGGGGUGAGCACUUUGAGUUCAACAACCUGCCAGCCGUACGCAACCUACGCCUUCAUCUUUACAAGGAGACUGACAAAAAGAGACGCAAGGAGAAGAGCACAUACUUGGGGCUGGUCAGCAUCCCCAUCUCCAGCAUCACAGGUCGGCAGUUUGUGGAGCAGUGGUACCCCGUCAUUCAGCCUAGUGUCUUGGCCAAGGGGCAAGUGGGGGGCAAGAUCAUUAAUGCCUCCCUACGCCUCAAGUCCCGCUACCAGACCAUGAGCAUCCUGCCUAUGGAGCUGUACAAGGAGUUUGCGGAGUACGUCACCAACAACUACCGGACCCUGUGUGCAGUGCUGGAACCUCUGCUAAGUGUGAAGAGUAAAGAAGAGGUGGCCUGUGCCUUGGUACAUAUACUGCAGAGCACAGGGAAAGCAAAGGAUUUUCUGUCGGACAUGGCAAUGUGUGAGGUAGACAGAUUCAUUGACAGAGAACAUCUUAUCUUCAGAGAGAACACUCUGGCCACCAAAGCCAUAGAAGAGUACCUCAAGCUGAUUGGACAUAAGUACCUCAAGGAUGCAAUAGGCGAGUUCAUAAGGGCACUAUACGAGUCAGAAGAGAACUGCGAGGUGGACCCGAUGAGGACACCACCUUCCGUUCUUCCGGAUCACCAAGCCAAUCUCCGCAUGUGCUGCGAACUGGCACUCUGCAAGAUUGUCAACUCACAUUGUGUGUUCCCUAGGGAGCUGAAGGAGGUGUUCGCGUCUUGGAGGGUGCGCUGUGCAGAGAGGGGGAGAGAAGACAUUGCAGACCGCCUAAUCAGUGGCUCCCUCUUCCUACGCUUCCUGUGUCCGGCGGUUAUGUCCCCGUCCCUCUUCAACCUGACACAGGAGUACCCUGACGAGCAGACGUCACGCACGCUCACCCUGAUUGCCAAAGUUGUGCAGAACCUGGCAAACUUCUCAAAGUUUGGCAGUAAAGAGGAGUACAUGUGCUUCAUGAAUGAGUUCUUAGAGAUGGAGUGGGGCUCCAUGCAGCAGUUCCUUUAUGAGAUCUCCAACCUGGACAGUGUGAGCAACGCAGGGGGCUUUGAGGGCUACAUCGACCUGGGCAGGGAGCUAUCCAUACUGCACAGCCUCCUCUGGGAGGUCAUGGCUCAGCUCAGCAAGGUAGGGAGGAUCAGGUCUUCUAACCCUAACCCACAGGAUGCCAUUAUCAAACUGGGUCCCUUACCCCGCCUCUUGAAUGACAUCAGCAUGGCCCUCCGUAACCCCCACCUGCAGAGGCAGCCGAGCCAUCAGAACCAGACAGAUAGAGUCCAGGAGAGAAAGUCGGAGCGGCUGCUCUCACGACCCAGCUUCAGCAGGGGAGUCUCCUCAGAGUUCCAGAAUCUCAUGAUGAGGGAUCUCAACAGCUCCAUAGAUAUCACUCGCUUGCCUUCCCCUACCUCUGGUGUUUCCAGUGGUGGUGUCAUGCCGUCUCGUGCUCAGCUCAGUUUCCAAGACCGUGAUCACCCACAUCGAACCUCCAAAGAUGUUUUCUAUGUAACCCGCCCUCCGUUGGCCCGGUCCAGCCCUGCCUACUGCACCAGUAGCUCUGAUAUCACUGAACCAGACCCAAAGGACUCCACAAUGAACAGCGUGUCUUACCUGCAGUCGGUGGCCAUGCUCAACUCCUCCCAGGCCUCCAUCACCGGCAUGGGCAGCUUCGGAGGGCUCAGCAGCCAGGGUGGCGGAGGUCUGGGCUCAGGCCUUAGUGGCCAGCUCCGGGCCGGGGGCCGCCUUUCGGCCGGCUCAGGGGGAUCCAGCAUGUCAGGGGGUCUCCGGCUGAGCCAGCUGAGCCAGAUGGGCACCACCACCGACUCGCUGUCCCAGCAGCAGCAGCACCAGGCCGCCGCCCUGAGAUACCCGCUCUCCUUCCAGAACCCCCUGUUUCACCUGGCCACCGGCACGGCGGACGGACCCCACCUCCACCACCAGCACAGCAGGGCCCAUCCCCCGCCGCCCCUGCUCCUGGCCCCGGAGCCUGACCCCGGCGGCCCCCACCAGGCCUACCUCCCCCAGUUUGCCCACGGGGGGUUCUCCCGCAGUGAGGACCUGUCCACCCUGAGGACAGGGACGGGGCACCUGGGGCAGCCACCCAUCAUCCACUCACACAGCUACAGCGAUGACUACAGCAGGGCCGACUACGCUCGCCGACAAAUAUCCAUGCAUGGGCAGGAUAAUCUCCAACAGCAACAGCUGAUGGGCAUGGCGUCUCAGACAGGUACCUCCCACUCUUCCCUGGCCACACCCCCCUCCACAGUCCAGCCUGUGCGCCAGAGCUCAAUGGCUCUGCCUCCCGCCCAACGGGUCAAGUCUCAGACCUCCCAUCAGCUGUCUGUCAGCGUGGCUGCCGCACAAGCACCCUCUGCUAAGACACGACCACCCAGCGCUAACCUAUCACCCGAGUCAGGUUAUGGAGGCCGGCAACAGGCGCCGCGGCAACAGCUGUCGGUCAAAGACAACACAGCCCCUGGACUGCCGCACCAGCAGAGCUCUGUCAGGGAGAGCCAGGGCUCCCAGGGGCCACAGGGUGGCACUACAACAACCAUACAGCAAUCACCGCAGCAACAGCAGCCACAGCAACCGUCCCAGCAACACCUGCUGAAACCUUCCAUCAGUAAACAGGGUUCUGGCCCGUCGCCCUCAACCCUCAACCCCCCCACUCCUGCCAAUGAGAGAACAGUCGCCUGGGUCUCCAACAUGCCUCACCUUUCAGCAGACAUCACUCUGGAGGCUAACCGCAUCGACCGCGAAGAGUAUAAGCUGAAAGAGUACUCCAAGAGCAUGGAUGAGUCUCGCUUAGACAGGGUAAAGGAGUAUGAGGAGGAGAUCCACUCCCUAAAAGAGCGUCUGAUCAUGUCCCACAGGAAGCUAGAAGAGUAUGAGAAGAGGCUCCUCUCUCAGGAGCAGCAGACCAGUAAGAUCCUCUCGCAGUACCAGAGUCGCCUGGAGGAUAGUGAGAGGAGGCUACGACAACAGCAAAUGGAGAAAGACUCCCAAAUUAAAGGAAUAAUCAACAGACUUAUGGCUGUUGAGGAUGAGAUAAGGGGAGGAGCCAUCGCUGAGCCGAAAGCUAACGUUAGAGUCUUUACUGAUCAGGGGGCCCAGCAUUCCACCCUGGGUUCAGCAGACCCCUGUGUGAAUACUGAAGGUGGAAGAGGAGGAGGAGGAGGAGGAGAAGGAGGAGGAAGAGGAGACAUGACUUCUGAUCCUGACCCGACAGUCUCUCCUUCGGUCAUCUACUCCACCGGUUUGCCCGGGAAUGGAGGCCCUUCGCUCCCCCCACCAAGCUACCGUAGACCCUCCUCCUCCCCCACUCCUCGUCUACACCCCAGCCCACCCCAGAACGGAGAGCUCCGUGGCAACAACAUCCUCCACAGUGACAACCACGGAGACGACUGAGAGCACGGCGACAGUGACAGCAGAACAGAGCAUAGCGGGAGAGGGAGCAGGUCUAAAACAACAAUAAACCAAAUCAGAGAGAGAAGACACAAAUAAAAUAAAGUUGGAAAAAAAACAUACUAGAUUUCCCUCUGUUUUUGGAGGUGGAUAACAUGUCUGCAAUCUUUUCUGUUUUUUUGGGGGGGGGGGGGGGGGUACUCUAAACCAGAGAGAGAAGAAAUGUUUGGGGGGGCAGCAGCUGUUUGACAUUUGUACAGUACGUUCAGCAUUAUCACAAGACCAAAAGGGCUUUUCAAUGGACCUGAUCUAAUUUCCGUCAUGCUCAAACUGGGCUUUGGUCAGUACAUCAGUCUUGCAGGACAAGAUAAUGAUACCUUUUAGUCAUCCUUGACAUUAUGGGAUCCUGACAGGUCAUAUUUCAAUUGAUAAAACUAGAGUGUCAUACAGCGCACUGAACUAUUUGAGAUUUCUCUUUGUGUUUAUUUUCUGAUGCUUGACUCAAAUAGAGAAAGUAAACAAACACUAAAUAACAUCUCAGAAGCCUUCAUAGUGGCCAACAGCUUCCUGCUGUAUUGAAGCAUGUUAUAUCCCAUAAUUCCAUGGAUAAAGGUCUAGUCAUUUCCUUUCCAGAGAAUGCCAGCUCUCAAAUUUCAUUGGUAGUGAUGUGGUCGGCUGGCUUUGUAGUUUGGUUCCUUAGUGCCUUUGAGUGUAUUUUAACAGGGUUUUCAAAUAACAGGCGUAGAUGACAUUUAAACAAGAAUUACAUUAACUGAUGAUGGGUGCCUAAAACAGUCAAAUCAAUAUUUAAAAAUAACUAUGCUGUUUGACAUGCAGACUAGUCCAGAAAAAGCAGAAUAUGUCAAAAAUGUUGGGUUUCAAUAACAUGUAAGGGAAGUGUGUGAUGUUUUAAAAAAUGUGAAAAAUGAAGGGACUUCCCAUUUUUGGACUGGACUGGUGCAGUGUUUUCUCUUCUCAAUCUCAGAACCUAAAGUAUGUGUGAUCAACUGGUGCUACAGACACAAGCAGUGCCAUUUCUAAAUCAAGUAUGUGUGUCAUAGCAUGGCCUCUUAUGUUUCCGCUGUCUGUUAUUGUCAAUGAAUUUAUUUUGUGUAUUUGUCUGGAUGUUCUUGUGUGUGUCCUGUCCCUAUGUGUGUGGUUGCCUAAUGGAGUAGGGCCUGGGUCAAAUUAGGGCGCUUACACCAAAUGAAACAAUAACAAAGUUCUGUCAGGAAAAAAAGUUUGCCAGCAAUUUUAAAAAGUUAAAAUGGUAAAAACAUUAAGUGGAUCUUCAGAUUCACGUUUUUAACUUCAGAUUCCAGGCAUAUAGCAGUCACUUGCAACACUCGGUAGACUUCCAGAAUUUUUGUUAUGGCUUCAUACAUUCAGUUCCACGUAAAUAAUUUAUCCGUAGUCAGAAAAAACGUGUCUAGCCUUAAGUGCCUCGGUCUCAGAUAACGACAUUUUGGCCAGUAGUCAAACAGUCCUCAGACCAAUGUGUGUGGCUUACACUUUCUGUAGAUUGUUUCCAGAGUCCAUUUUAAAUAAUGUGAAAUUUAAAUAAGCAUGUUGGGAGCUAAAGAAACAAAAGUUUGAGUAUAUGAAAGUGUAUGGGGUAUCAAUAGUAAAAACGAUUUCAGAUUUAAUGCAUGUUACACAGUGAACUUAAAGGAACUCAUUGCUUUGUGUCGACUCUUCAGAUAUGAUGUUUCACAGAAUACUGUUACUGUGUUGUCAUGUCCACAUUGUUUUGUGUAUAACUUGUUCAUUGUAAUUCUUGUUUAGGUUUGUUUCGGGCCUUUUAGUUUCACGCUGGUGGUGCUUUACAACUAGUUGAAUAACUUUCUUUACUCUGGCUUAAGAUCUCAAAUGAACGAAUUCAGACUGUCCUGGUUUUGCAGAACCCAACAUAAUUAUUGAACUCUUUGGAUUAGAUUAAGAGAUUGAGAGUUAAUUAUUUACUAAUGACCAAAUCCUCACUUGAUUUUACAUUUUUGCUGUUCUUUCAUUGGCAUCAUACUGUCGAGUAAGUCUGAGCAUAACAUGCAGAUCUCAAAUUAGGAUUCGGCACUUAGUGAAUAGAUACCAGCCCCUCUGGCAAUGCUUUGUUGGUCAGGGGAUUAGCCAUCAGGUAGAGUGGGUGAGAUUUGGAGAUAUGUAAGAGAUUUAGCUAUGAAUGUUUCAUUCAAAGACAACCAAAUGAGCAUAUUAAUAAGGAAAGUUAGAUGUAGUUGGUCUACUGUGUUAAGUCAUCUUAUAGGGCUACUUUUCGAGUGCCAAAACACUCAUAUCAGUAAUAAACUGGGUUUUAAAGCAGCUAGAGUUUUACUAGAGUAGCUAUAUGGGACUAUACAGGGUCACUGGUGGAUAUAUGAGCGUUGCCAUGAAUAUACCUCAGAGAUGCAUAACUGAGAGACUCAGGUAAACAAGUAAUUGCCUCAGAGCUGAACACUGACAAAAAGACGAAUCCAACUUUGGACUGACUGCCAUCAGUUAUAGUAAUUGGUCCAGCUUUGACAAGAUCUAUGGCUGUGAUUGGAUAGCAAUUCAUCAAGAACCUCCCCAUUCCUUCUCUCUCUGUCUCCCUUCUCUCCCCUAGCCACUCACGCAGCUUCGUGGAGGACAAUAUGGAACCUAAUUGGCUGAGGCAACAUGGGCAGCCCGCAUGGUCUGGCCAUAUAUCAAGAGCACU